UUUGAUCUCGUCUGGCGGCAGUGAGCAGUAAAGCGCUACCAUGGUUACCUGUCUGAUGGUUCGGGUUUGCAUGUGUCUAACGCUAGCCCAGCUCAACAGAGCAGGUAGUCCGCGAGACGCUCAGGGAAGGUCGGCCGGCCUGCUCGAGCAGUCUGACGUCAACGGGCAACAGUUUGAGGCAGGUCCUCGAGACCGGGCCAGGGCCGACCGAAGAUCCCCAGCGCCGGUUUGGCGGUUCCUCCAAGGGAGAGGAAAUGGUCCAGGACUACCAGAUUCCAACCAGCCACAGUUCCGCUGCAGUAAUGACACACUGACCCUGCGCUUUUCACCCACCCGAUACACCAAUCUGCGUCUGGAAGAUGGGACACCGUUGUUGAUGCUGCCUGACAGGUGUCAUGGUUCCAUUCACAUUUAUAGGCGGUAUCUGCUGGUGACGCUUCCCUAUACUGGCUGCUAUUCAACAACGCAGCUUGAAGAGGGUGGAUACAGCCCAUUGAAACUGAUUAUUUUGACAAGCUGCUGCAGAAGAACAUGAUGGGCAUGGCUGUCUGUGAGAAUCCAGAAGUGUCUCCACUGGUAACUUGUGGAACGAGUAUCACUGUGAAGCUGCCUCGUGAAACAAAACUAAAGGAGGUUAAAGAGCUUGAUGAUUUUGUUUAUGACGGAUACUCUGUGAGCCAAUGGAAGACCCCCAAUGCUUUGUUUGUUCAAAUAUCAAAGUUACCAGACAAGGAUUCUGGCUUUGAACUGGUUUAUUUAGAUUCUACUGGGAAACUGCACACAAAGUUGGCAAUUUGUUACCAAAAACAGUUGAAGCAUCGUGUCGCGCGAGCGCUAGAGGAACCAGACAUUUUUGAACUGUGGGACUUUGAAGAGACUCCUGUUGAACCAUUUGAUCCGGACACAACGUCAACGAAGUUGCAAUCCAUACAAGACGCAACAACUCAAGUGCUUCACUCAGAAACGGAUCCAGAAGAUGACUGUAUGACCACUCAAGCACCUAACUCGGAAACGGAUCCAGAAGAUGACUGUAUGACCACUCAAGCACCUAACUCAGAAACGGAUCCAGAAGAUGACUGUAUGACCACUCAAGCACCUAACUCAGAAACAGAUCCAGAAGAUGACUGUAUGACCACUCAAGCACCUAACUCAGAAACGGAUCCAGAAGAUGACUGUAUGACAACUCAAGUACCUAAUUUAGAAAUGGUUACGGAAGACGAUAGUACAGGAUUGUUUGAAUUGUGGGGAAUUGAAGACAUUCCUGAAGAGCCCUACAUUGAAUUAGAUGAGGAGAUUACCUCUACCGCACCCUCUGUGACGACCACCCCCGCCCCCUCAAUCACAACCACCAACUCAACCAAGACCACAGUGGCCGUGUCAACAAUAAGUUGUCCAUAGUUUGCCCCCCGAAGAAUG